AUGUUGUUUCAAGGAUCAAAUGGAAUGUCUAUUCAAAGACUACUAUUUGUAUAUCUAUCAUUAAUUAUUAACUACGUUAACGCGUUCUAUUUUUAUCAUGAAGGUAAUGAAAGAAAAUGUUUCUCAAAGGAAUUAACAGCUGGUAGUGUGUUUUACGGUAGUUAUAAAGUUCAAAUUUAUGAUGAUUCUUUAAAGACAUAUAAGAGUCCCGAUUCUUCAACUGAUUUAGAAGUUAUUAUUGAUGUUGAAGAAAUUUUCGAUGGUGAUGAAAGAAUUGUUCAUCAAAAAUCUGGUUCAGAAGGUCAAUUUACUUUUAAUACCCAAGAAUCUGGUGAACAUAGAAUCUGUAUUAAACCACAAUCUUCAGGUUGGUUAAGUAAAACUAAAGCUAAAAUUGAUUUAGAAAUGUCAGUUGGAUCAGACAUUUCAUUAGAUUCAAAGAAAAGACAUACCAUGGAAUCAUUACAUGGUAAAAUUGAUUUAUUAAUUUCCAAAAUGGCACAAAUUAAAGAUGAACAAAAAUUAAUGAGAGAUAGAGAAGCACAAUUUAGAGAUUUAUCUGAAGCUGUUAAUUCAGGUGCAAUGUGGUGGACAGUAAUCCAAAUUAUUAUUUUAGGUAUUACUUGUGCUUGGCAAAUGAAACAUUUAGCUACAUUUUUCGUUAAACAAAAAGUUAUGUAA